AUGGGUGAUAAAGAGCUAAAGCCUCUGCAGCACAAAUACGAUGUUUGGUUUCGCGGCAUUAAUCGCGGAAAAGUGGUUCCCAACUCGCAAAACUAUGAUCAAAACUUGAAAAUCGUCGCCUCAUUUGACACUCCUCUGCAGCACAAAUACGAUGUUUGGUUUCGCGGCAUUAAUCGCGGAAAAGUGGUGCCCAACUCGCAAAACUAUGAUCAAAACUUGAAAAUCGUCGCCUCAUUUGACACUGUACAGAGCUUUUGGUCGGUGUACACGCACCUUGUUCGUCCAAAUGAUCUUACUGGCCACUGUGAUCUUCAUGUUUUCAAAUCGGGCAUCAAACCACUGUGGGAGGAUCCAGCCAAUCGCGACGGUGGAAUGUGGAAGUUGAGAUUGCGCAAAGGACUAGCUUCGAGAUUCUGGGAAAAUCUAUUGCUUGCCUUCAUCGGUGAGCAAUUUAUGGUUGGCGACGACAUUUGUGGCAUCGUGGUGGCCUGCAGAUUCUACGAAGACUACAUCUGCAUCUGGAACCGAAGCGGUCACGAUCAGGAAAUCAAAACGAAGAUUAAUCAAACUCUCAAACGCAUUUUAAACCUUCCUUCCACCAUCAUUCUGGAGUACAAGGUGCACAGUGAGGCGCUGAAAAAGUGCAACAAUCGUUCUUCGAAUAAAACAAAUAAGAACAUGGUCAUUGCGACUUGA